UCGUCAAAUGUUUCCCCACCAGCUUUUUCUCUCUCACGAUACUACCGCUUUAUUCUUCACGGCAGCUGGAGCGGUGCACACAGAUAUUUAACUGGACACUUCAAAUACUAAAGUCAUGGCUGGAAAAGUUGUGCUGCACUACUUCAAUGGCAGGGGGAAAAUGGAGUCAAUCCGUUGGCUUUUGACUGUUGCAAAAGUUGAGUUUGAUGAGGUCUAUCUGACAACUCGUGAGCAGUAUGAAAAACUGCUGAGUGAUGGAGAUCUCAUGUUUCAACAGGUUCCUUUGGUAGAAAUUGAUGGCAUGAAGCUCAUUCAGACAAAAGCAAUUUUGAAUUACAUUGCUGAGAAGUACGAUCUUCAUGGAAAAGACCUCAAAGACCGGGUCAUGGUCAACAUGUACUCGGAGGGAGUGAUUGAUCUCAUGGAAAUGAUAAUGAUUCUGCCCUUCACUGCAGAUAAACCUGCACAACUGAAGACAAUUCAAAGUAAAGCAAAAGAACGCUACCUACCUUUGUUCGAGAAGGCACUGUCUGGGCCCAUCUACCUGGUGGGAGGUAAACUAAGCUGUGCAGAUGUGCAGCUGUUUGAAUGCACCUUGAUGCUGGAGGAGUUAUUUGCUGGAGUCCUCGCAGACUUUUCCAAUGUCAAGGCUUUCCAGGGCAGAAUGACCAUGAUUCCUGCCAUCGCCAGAUUCCUGCAGCCCGGCAGCCAGAGGAAGCCGCAGCCAGAUGAAAUCUAUGCGAAGACUGUCAUGGAGGUGUUCAACUUCAAUAAACCAUUGAAAUAAAUGUGGCACCUUCCUCACACAGUGCGAAUGAUUCAUUAACGACAUACAGAUUAAUGAUGUGCUGUUUCAUGUCGAGAAUAGUGCUAAUCCAUUGCAAAUUUAAUUAACUGCAAUCUAUGUAAUGUUUUAAUGACAGUUGAUUUAUUGUUACGUAUACUAAAUAAAUGGUUCAUUUACGAGGAA